AUGGCGCAAGACGUAGCUCAACCCUCUACUGGUGGCCCCCAAGAUAGUCGAACGGCUGCACUCGCCAAUAUGAAAGCCAAGCUGGGCCCUCGCAAUCCAAACUCAUCAGGAGCCGGUCGCACCCAGUCGGCUGCCGCAGAGGCACUCCGGAGCCUUUUGGAUGAACACAGCAAAACUAGUGUUGAUAAAAGUUUGUGUGCCAAGCAACUGAGGGCUCUCGGGAAAAAGCCAGAUUUGGUCAACACGAGAAACAAAGAGGAGCGGGACGUGGACACGAUGCACCAGUCCCUCGCCAUCAUGUUCAACAACGACGAUGAGGUGCAUGCAUCCCUCGCUGUCAAUGUGGGAGAUAAAAGUCACACGGAAGAGUGUAUUAUCAGAGUUGUUGGCGAGUUCAUCCUCGAGAAAACCAGCAAACUUCAGCAUUUGCUCGCCCGAGGCCUCUACAAAAGCACCAUCUUGCAUAUCAUCCUUGACCCUACCACAUACAGUCGAGGAUCAACCACUGACACCCAGAGAAGACUUGACUUUGGUCGACUCAAAUUCCUCGUCAAAUUUCUACUAUGGCUACAACCAGAGCUGCCAACCGUCAUGCGGCAGGACGGUACCACCCCUUUGUUUUCCGUCGUCAAAUCAGGACUCGUCAAAACCAACGAAGAAGACGCCGACAGUCUGGAUGAGAGUAGUGAGACUGGCAGCAACCCUGAGGAGCAAGAGGAUUCCUUCCUGGAUGAGAACACCAAGACCGAAAUCAUCCGGUUCAUUUGCAACCAAAACCCAGACGGGGAGGGGGGACCAACAGAUCCAAUUCGGUCUCUAGCGUUGCUUGCCUCUCACUCAGAAGAUCAGGUGUCGAAGGCACAACAUGCGGUCCACGCGGCCAUCGAGAGCGACUUCAAUCUGCCAGACGACAUCAUUGCAAGGCUGAAGAAUAUCAGAGUGAACUUCAAGGUGGCCGAGUCUAGCAGGGAGGAGGAAAAGAUUUGCCUGGAGGUCCCCGACCGAGUUGGCCGAACGUGUCUUCACCUCGCCCUUACAGCCCCUUUCACAACGAACAGGAUUGCCUGGGCUAAACAGCUAGCCAAAGUGCAGCCCAGUCUGCUUAAGCUACAAUACAGACAAAUCCGAACAGGUGAGUCUGAUGCUAAGGGCAGGCCCAUCGUCGACUACAUGACGCCCCUGCAGUACCUUGUCGAACAGAGAAAACCGACCGGGAUGAAUGGGCACAAAGGCAAGAUCAAGGUUGAUCUCCCCAAGGCAGUUAGCCUGCUGGACAAAAGGCUGGAUAAAGAACUUGACGAUCUGGAGGACUUCCUCAAGUGCCAGUGCCUGGAGUCCUUUAGCUACAUCACAUGCAAAGCCAUAAUGUACACGAGGCAAAACGAGCGAGAAAUCUUUCUCACCCUGUCAGAGGAGAUGAUUUCCAGUGAAUUUCUCGAGAACCAGAGAAGGCACUACAAACUCGAUACAUUACUCCAGAGUGUGUACAUUGCAAACAACAAUGAAGUUCGGUGGAAUGAUGAGAAGGCAUGGGACGAAAAGACCCACGAGAUGGUGACGGAGUGGGGUUGCCUGGGCGACACCAACCUUUUCAUGGUGUUUCACUGGCUAAAGGACCAGAUCCGGGUAAAAAAGGUGUUCGAGGUGGCAGUUGACGAGUUACUCACAUCAAAGCUGGGGCACAGUGACAUGGCGAUUGUCAAGUGCCUGCAGAACCUCGAUGUCGAAACUUGGGACUGGCGCCGAAUGGACAUUCCGGCCAAUGUCAUCAUGGAUGCAGCUGGAGAUCACGUUAAGUCGCUGUAUUUGUAUUGCAGCGGGUUGAAGGCAGUGCUGCAGAGCUGGUCAGAUACCAGAGGACUAGUGAACCUGAAGCGGCUGGAAAGAGUGGAAGUUGUGAUUUAUCAGGGGCUAGAGUCUAAAGACUGCGUAAGGAAGUUUGCCAAAGACUUCAAGGACGACAUGGAGAGAAUCCACGAAGAACGCUACAAGGUUGACAUUGAAAAAGGCUUGAAGUCAAAACUCGAAGUUGUAUGCAAACCGAUUUAUGCGCCGAAGACAAAUUCGCCGACAAACGACGCAGCAUCCAACAACGUCAAGGAAGAGGGCGAAUUGGGAUUUGAGGAGCAAGAUUGGCUCAGGUGCAUGGACGAAUUUGCUCUACUGAUGGAUAGAAUCGAGAAGAGCCCGAAAGUCAGACCCAUCAAGGUGGCUCUCAUUGACGAUGGCGUGAAGACCAGUUAUGACUGUCUGGACGAGAUUGUCCACUGCGGCAGGUUUGGAUGGGGUAGUGUAUCGGGCAGUACAUCUACCACAUCGAAAAGGGGCGACAAGAGGAAAGCGGCAAAUAACUACCCUCUCAAUUACAACCACUCCCAAACAGGCCAUGGGACGGUCAUGGCCUACUUUAUCCGCCGAGUGUGCCCUUGGGUCAAGCUUUGCAUUGCGAAGCUAGAGUGCCAGGCUAAGUCUGGCCGCAAUCAGCCAGUCACCUUUUCCAUAGAAUCCGCUACGGAGGCGAUCAAAUGGGCAGUGAACGAAAAAGUGGAUAUCAUCUCGAUGAGUUGGGCUAUCGACCAGGGCGACUCUAUCCAGAAGACCCAGGAGACCCAGGAGACCCAGUUGCGCGAGGCCAUCACGUUGGCUGAGGACCAUGGAAUUCUUCUCUUCUGCGCCAACCCGGACAAGAACAAGCCGGGCAACUUACCAUACAAGAGCAACAAGACCUACCCCAAAUCGUUGGUGUCUGAGCAGACGCUGUUCUGCAUCGGCGCGGCAACCCCAGACGGCAAGCCCUGGGAACGGAUACAUCAAAGCGAUCAGUCAUGCGACUUUAUCCUCCCCGGGGUCAAGCUCCGAGUCGACAUCCCUGAGUUAAUAAUCACCAGUAAGCGCCAAGGGGUGGGGAAGCCACCCAAAGAGUGGCACGACCACAGCGGCAGCUCCCUCUCGUGCGCGCUGGCGGCGGGGCUGGCCGCCAUGGUCUUGCACUGCACCCUGGUCAACGGCCUCUCGCCUGAUGGUCCAGAAUGGAAGUGGCUCAGAAGUCGCGACGGGAUGCGCAAGGCCCUUCAAAAUAUCAGCGAGGAACCUGCCGAUGAAAGGGGCCUCUGGUUGCAUGUGCGUAGCGUGUUUGGAGAGGCCGCGAAGACAAUUGACAGCCACCCAAAAAUGAUGCGGGACGCCUUGCGCAACAAUGUGGUGGAAAAGCUCCUCAGAGGGUCCCCGAGACUGAGCGGCGAUGGUCCAGGGGAUUCUGAGCCUGCUCCGCGUCUGUUGAAGAAACGGGCAACGAUCAAAGAUGAGAAAUGGUAG